UUUCUCUUCCCUUUCCCAGCAACGGUGAUCUUUGAGGUGAGGGAAGGCAAAGGGCCGGAGGGGGAAACUGGAAAUCUUAUUGGCCUUUAGUUUUAGCAGCAUCCUGGGGCAAUUUUCGUUUCCGAUUUUCCAUUUUUCCCUUUUGGCCUUUUGCUUGCGUCGGACCGAACGGGGAACGGGGGAAGGAGAUAGAGAGACCGGAAAACCGGAAAACCUCCGAUCGUCGUUGUCGUCUCUCUCUUUCUCUCUCUCAUCGAUCCCUUCUCUCUCCUCUUCCCAGUGUUCGGUUUUCACUCGCCGUCGCCGAGCCUCUUCCCCGGAGGAAGAUUCCCGGGGGGAAGAAAAAAUUGCAUUUGCUUUCUGGGUUUUAAUCUUGUCGAAAUCCAAGAACUCGCAUCUGCCCUUUUCUUGUUCUUUUUUUUUUUUUUUUUUUGGGUUGCCCGCUCUUGUCUUGGGUCUCGUCGGAUAUUGAUUGUUGAAAUUCUUGGAUUUCCGAUCGUCUCCGGCCGCUUUAUCGAUUACCCAUCUGACGUAUCCAUUCUUUUCUCAUCGGCAAUAACCUCGGCAUUGGGAAAAAGUCAAUUUUUUGGACUGGACGUGGAAUAAUUUAGCCAAUCGCGGGGCGUUGAUCUUUUUCCCCUUCCCGAUCGAUUGCCUGGAUUUGGGAUUGUUGGGUAUUCGUCUAAUCGUCGGAAGGGAACAGCUCUUUGAGAUUUCCUGGGUCCAGCGUCUGCUUCUAUACUACGUUAGUAUUCUUUUACCCGAUUGUUUGGUGGAGCUGGGGAGAAAGAACAAAAAAUUCAAAGCUGCUCCCCCAAAGUCGUGUCUGGGCUGCUGCGGAAUCGCAUGAAAGUCGGUUCUUGAUGAUCCCUGAGGACGUCUGAGCUUCCGGAUUACUGACCUGAAACCGUUCCUUCGAUUCUUGGCCUUGCAAGAAUCGAUUCUUGGCCUUGAUUUUGAGCCAUGGCCAUGAAGUCCGACUCUCUGGAUUAUUGGAGGCAUUACUUUAGGACCGCGAAUUGCGAUAUAUUCGAUAUCAUCGACCGCGCGAUCAUUGUGGCGGCCUCAGAUUGCCCAAAAGAGUUCAGGCUGAGGAGGGAUCGCAUCGCGGAGAGGCUGUUCACGUGCCGGUUGACCCGGUGUUUGGGCUGCGACCGGGUUGAGCUGGCAGUGCCGAGCGGGGAUGAGGAUGAUGAGUUGAAGGGUGGAAUUGCUGGGGAGGGAUGUGAUUUCGAGGCUGGUGGGAGCAAAGAGAGCAAAGUGAAUAGCAGUAGGGAUGAUCAUGGUGAGUUGUUCAUGAACCAGGAGAGCAAUUACAGCUAUGGAGAGGCCGAGGCACUUACAGAUGAGAUGGAAGAGGAGUCUCAAAUUCAUGAAGAGGUCCUGAGGAUCAAAGAGAUUUUGCUCAACAGUGAUGAGGAGUCUGAAUCAGCGCUUUACGAAUCGUUGAGGCGGCUCCAAUUGAUGGCUUUAACCAUGGGGAUAUUGAAGGCAACUGGGAUUGGGAAAGCUGUUAAUCCUCUGAGGAAGCACAAGUCGAAGCCAAUCAGACGCCUUUCUCAGACUCUUAUCAUGGCGUGGAAGACUAUGGUGGAAGAGUGGAUGCAGGGUGCGCCGCCUGCUGGGAGUACCCCUGAUUCUGUGAACCCGUCAAGUGAUGAUGAAGAAGAGGAAGAGGGAGAGGAAGAGGGAGAGGAAGAGGAAGGACUUCCAUCUCCGCCUUUGGACGAGGGAGCAUUUUUGCCUCCUCACACAUCUACAAUGGAGCUAUCUCGGUUCUUCGAUGGCAUGGAUGAUGACGGAAAUCCUCGUACUGGUGGAGAAUCUGCUAAGAACCGUGAAUAUGGAAGAAAACCGUCCCAAGAGAAGCAAAAUGUGAGCGAGCAACGAAGAGAGAGAAAGCCAGAUGGAGUGAAAGACAGUCUCAAAGAUAACAGUAGUCAACAUUUGAAGAAGCGAGAAGACAUUGUGAAGCCAAAUAGACCCUCAAACACUAAUGCUGGGCAGGGUAGACAUACAAAUCUCACUACAGAGCAAAAGGUCAACAAAGAGUCCAAGCUCCAGCUGAGAAAAUUGGAGAGGACUUCCGCUCAGAGGAGAAUGGUCCGUAAUCAGAAAGAUGACGCCAAGUAUUCAAUAGAAGUUGCCGUCCAAAUGAAACUUGAAGCUACGAAGAGGAAGCUCCAGGAAAGUUAUCAACAAGUUGAGAAUGCCAAGAAGCAGCGGACUAUACAGGUAAUGGAUUUGCAUGAUCUCCCGAAACAGUCGCAUGGCCACAGAAAUCUACACAUGAGACCCGGGAACCAGAACAGGCAUUGGGCAAAUGGACGGCGCUAGUUUGAAAGUUUCCGCUCAUUGUACUGGAGAGACUUUGCAAGUACUUUCUGUCAUGAAAGCUAGUGAGAGGACGUUAAGAACACCGGAUCAUGUUGCUGAUCAUUGAAUGCUGAUGAUCGGGCUUUCUCGCAGCGCAAAGUCUCAAGAAAGCUUCGAAAUUCCUUAGCUCAAUAUGACAUUCCUUGAGGUACUUAGAAUUUAGGAUUUUAGCUUUUCAGGUUUCAUCAAAUUGGGAGGUAAAUCUGACUUUUCCGGUAAUUGGUUGGGUCGUCGUAACCAGAAAGAUGAUUGUAGAGGAACUCUAAUUUACAUCAUCCCGGUCAACAUGUAUUUACUGGUCUCGAACAUUUGUUCUCGAUUUUUAUUCUCAAGAUGGGAGAGUAUCGAUCAUGCUUCUAGCUGGCAUGUAUAGACGUUUGCAUAUAAUAAAAUCCAAAUUGGAGGAUAACGUAUGAGUUGUGAACUGC